AGCUCUGUCUGGUGUAAUUUCCUUUUUUUUUUUAACCGCUUCCGGGUCCUGCGUCGCUCCGGAAGCCCACAAAUUCCGGAAGCCUAUGUCACCUUGAUUCAGCCAGGAAAAGGCAAGGUUUCCAGAGAAUGUUUCUGAAAAAGUUACGCGGAGCAUGUGUGGUUCGCAGACUCAUAAGACGUUAGUUGGAGUCCUUAAUGAAAGCACCUGGCAAGAAUGAUGUAAAGAUUUCACAGAAGAAAGUGUAGCAGAGAUCCCCAUGGACAUAGCUAUAGGCAGUUAAAUCUAGAAGGAGCUGCAAGAACGGGAAAAGAGCCCUUCAGAGAAGACAUGGCUCCCAGAGAAGAUACAAAGAGUACAAAUCGAGUGCUGAGGAUAAGCCAGCUGGAUGCACUUGAACUAAACAAGGCUCUGGAGCAGCUAGUUUGGUCCCAGUUUGCUCAAUGCUUUCAUGGGUUUAAACCAGGGCUGUUAGCUCGCUUUGAGCCCGAAGUAAAAGCAUUCUUAUGGCUUUUCUUGUGGCGAUUCACCAUCUACUCCAAAAAUGCCACUGUGGGACAAUCAGUUUUGAAUAUUCAGUACAGAAAUGAUUUUUCCCCAAAUGCAAGUUAUCUUCCACCAAGUAAAAAUCAGAAACUCUGGUAUGCUGCCUGUACCAUUGGUGGGAGGUGGCUAGAAGAAAGAUGCUAUGAUUUGUUUCGAAGUCAUCAUUUAGCAUCAUUUGGGAAAGUCAAGCAGUGUGUGAAUUUUGUCUUUGGACUUUUGAAAUUAGGUGAGUUAGCUAAUUUUUUGGUUUUCCUUCAAAAGGGAAAGUUUGCAACAUUAACAGAACGUUUUCUCGGCAUUCAUUCUGUAUUUUGCAAGCCCCAAAACAUCCGUGAAGUUGGCUUUGAGUAUAUGAACAGGGAACUCCUCUGGCAUGGUUUCGCCGAGUUUCUGAUUUUUCUCUUGCCACUUAUCAAUACCCAGAAAUUGAAAGCCAAAUUAUCUUCAUGGUGUAUCCCCCUAACUGGUGCCCCAAAUAAUGACAGUACACUAGGCACUAGUGGCAAAGAAUGUUCUUUGUGUGGAGAGUGGCCCACCAUGCCUCACACCAUAGGAUGUGAACACAUCUUCUGCUAUUACUGUGUGAAGAGCAGUUUCUUAUUUGACAUGUACUUUACUUGUCCCAAGUGUGGCACAGAAGUGCACAGUGUGCAGCCACUGAAAUCAGGAACUGAGAUGUCAGAAGUGAAUGCUCUUUAGAAACUAAAAUUUGUUUCCUUGAGGAAAAUGUGGUUUCACAUCUGCAAUAUUAGCCAUUUGGAUAUUUAGACAUCUUCAGCCACUAUCUUCAGUUUCUUUCUAGGCACAACUAAAUUCUAAUCAGUGGUAAUGGUGAUGCUAAACAGAUUAUGCUAAUGUUGAUCUUGUAAAACUUACUGGAUUUGAUUUUUAAUGUCAAGAAUGAUGGUGUUUUUUGUCAGAUGACUAUUAAGAAUGUUCCUUCAUUUUGCUACUUCAUAGAGUUUGAACUCUAAAAAUAAAGUAUUUUGGAGACUGAA